AUGAGGCUCAGCUCUCUCGCGCUGUUUUUCAGCGCUGCCGCCCUGGGUACUGCGCAAGCAUUGGGCGCAGACACGACAGAUAGUGCAGCCCAGGAGAACACUUACUUCAAUGGCAAGAGGGUGCCACCGUUACUCGAGUUGACUCAGGCCAACUUUGAUAAAGAGAUCAAGUCGCCAAAGUUCAUGGUGGUGAAAUAUUACAAUCCCACUUGCCCUCAUUGCAUGGAUUUCGCUCCGACGUAUCAGACCCUGUACGAAUACUACUACACAUCCAAUGGCCCUUCGGUCGACUCUGAAUCAGCGACACCGACGACUUCUUUCGAGAAAGCUUUUGAUAUCCGCUUCGCCACGCUAAACUGCAUUGCAUACGGCGACAUUUGCAACAAGCACAAGAUUAAGUCGUAUCCUCAGACCUCGCUCUUCAAGGAUGGCGAAGUCGUCGACUAUGUCGGGGGCGCAAAGAGUAUGGCUAUCGUGUCCAACAUGAUCGAGGCCGCCCUCGAGAAGGAGAGACCUGGUACGCGCCCCGCGGUACUCGAUCUCCCUGAGCCCGGUGCAACCAGCUUACCGGCUGCAUCCACCGAAACCGAACAGCUCGUUGGGAAAGAUGCGAAGGCGGAAGAGGCCGAGAAGCCUGCAAAGGCCAAGGAGGGCGUCGAUGCUUCGCCCGCCAAGGCCAAGUCUGGUUGGCCUUACAAAGUGGACAUCGUCGAAAAACAAGAGCCAGCCAAGCCAACCGUCACUCCAAACCAGCAAGGAAUCUCGGUAGCUCUGACGGCCGAGAGCUUCCAGAGUUUAGUUACCAUGACGCAAGACCCAUGGUUUAUCAAGUUCUACGCUCCUUGGUGUCACCAUUGCCAAGCCAUGGCCUCGAAUUGGCAACAAUUGGCCAAGGAGAUGAAGGGCAAACUCAACAUUGGCGAGGUGAAUUGCGAUGCGGAAUCAAGACUCUGCAAGGAUGUUCAUCUUCGAGGUUAUCCUACGAUUCUAUUCUUCAAAGGAGGCGAGCGCGUGGAAUACGAUGGCCUGCGCGGGUUAGGGGAUUUCAUCCAAUAUUCCGAGCGAGCUCUGGAUAUCUGCCAGGGCGUUCAGGAUGUUGACGCAGCUUCCUUUAGCGCCCUCGAGGAGAAGGAGGAUGUUAUCUUCGUCUACUUUUACGAUCACGCCACCACGAGCGAGGAUUUCAUGGCUCUCGAUAGGUUACCCCUGAGCUUAAUUGGACACGCGAAACUGGUCAAGACACAAGACCCGGAACUUUACGAACGAUUCAAGAUCACCACCUGGCCGCGACUGGUUGUAUCUCGUGAGGGACGGCCUACCUACUACAAUCCUCUGACACCGAGGGAAAACCGGGAUACCCACCAGGUCCUGUCGUGGAUGAAAUCUGUAUGGUUGCCCAUCGUCCCUGAACUCACGGCUUCGAACGCUCGUGAAAUCAUGGACGGAAAAAUCGUCGUCCUCGGUAUUAUCAACAGGGAGGAUCAAGAGUCGUUCCUCAGUGCCAAGCGUGAAAUGAAGAGUGCUGCGAACGAAUGGAUGGACAAGCAAAUUCAGCUUUUCCAGCUGGAGAGGCAAAACCUGCGAGACGCCAAGCAGCUCCGUCUUGAGGAAGCCGAGGAUCGAAAUGACCAGCGGGCCCUACGAGCAGCGAAAAGCAUCCGAAUCAACAUGGAUAUGUCUGACCACAAAGAAGUUGCUUUCGCUUGGGUGGAUGGCGUGUUCUGGCAGCGCUGGAUCCGCACCACCUACGGUAUCGACAUCAAGGAUGGUGAGCGAGUUAUUAUCAACGAUGAAGAUAACCGACGGUACUGGGAUACUACCAUCACCGGCAACAACAUUGUUCCAUCGCGUGUAUCCAUCCUCGAGACCAUAUCAAAGGUCACAUCCUCUCCACCCAUCAUCAAGCCGAAGCUCACGAUCUCGAGUUUUGAGAAGAUCUUCUUUGACAUUCGGGUCACCUUUUCCGAGCAUCCCUAUCUCACGUUUGGCUGUGUAGCCGGAAUCGCCUUUGGCGUAUUUUCUUGGUACCGAGGACGCCUACGACGCAACGGCGGACACUUCAGAUUGGAAGACAACCUACCCAUCAAGGAGCUCAAGGAUGGUCUUCUUGGCAACAUUUCCAACGGAAAGAAGGAUUGA